UCGUACACAACGCCUUCCCCCUCCCCUCCUCUCCUUUCCUCUCGCCCACCGGAAUCCUCCUCCUCCGCCCCUAGGCAAGGCAAGGCUAGGAUUGCCGCCCGCCGGAAUAUCUCCCCCACCGCCGCCGCCCUCCCGCCGGCCCACGGGAUUGGAUUCGCCUCUUUACAAGGCCUAUCCUGCCCUCUCUACUACCACCCUUAUCGAUCUCUAUCUGGUUUCCUUUACCUUUCGAUUUGAUUCAACCACAUCGAAAUCGAUUCUAUCUCUACCCGCGACGCGAUGACCACCUCCUACCGGAUCUAACCUCGAUUGGUGGAUGUUAACUGCUAGUUCCCUGUGUUGCUAGUAUGUUCUCUUCAUCCUUCACUCAUUACAUGUCAUCUAAAAGGGUUCAUCGGUCAUCAUCCAGCUACUAUAUUCACAACUCGUGUGAUGGAUGUGCUUACGUGCUUUCCAGUGCCAUGGGAUCGUAUUGUGGCCUUCAUCUUGGUUUCUCCACCAAUGUCCGUGGGGAGGAACCAUGGCCAACAAUGGAAUUAUGUUCUUCUUGUUGCUGGAGCACCGUUAUCUUCUUCUCCUAUUAUUUUCUGUUGCCGCCUUCUUCUGUGCCAACCAGCCACACCAGCAGAAGUUGUGCUUCGACUGAUGGUGGCGGGAAGCACAAUUAAUUGUGCCCUUCAUUUCAGAGCAUGCCGAAAAAUCUCCUUCCCCUCUUCAGAUUUAUACUUACUGCCAACAAUGAUGAGUACCAUACAUGCUAAUCGUAUAGCUCCUUUAAUAGCGAGUUACUAACAAAGGAGUUUAAUUUUAUGCCCUCCAUGGGGGCUUAUUUUUAAACGAAUUGAUUUUAUAGUUAACGUUCGCAUCACUCAACCAGGAUGUAUGCUUUAAGAAAUAUAACAUGAUUGCCAUGUAAAACGCCUGAUGCACUAUUAUCAUAUUUCUUGAUGAGUUGGGUCCUGAAGAAACAUUUUUUUCAGUUAAAAUAGCCAUCCAUCAAACUUUUUUUUUGUUAAAGAAAAUAAACUAUGGCUGACAAGAUUUCCAUGUUCUUAAUUGCUUUCAGUCUGGAGUGCUUUCUGAUCUCUAAGACUAGUGUUCUCGUAGGCUAGGUGGUCACAGUAGUUUAACAUGAUGUCCAUCUAGUAUAACAGGACUCGUAUUUUUUUUCUAUAAUUGAUGCUAAGAUUUAUAUAUCUUCUCUUAUCUUUUGUUUUAGUUAGUCAACAUUUUAGCCUUACAAGCAUAGUUUGUCGUAUCCUUUUUGGAAAAUAAACGGCCUAUACUUUUCUGUUGAUAUCUGAGGAGGUGUAUGGCCUGCGUCAAAUUUAUUCACCUGUGGUACAAAGGUUUUAGCUAGAAUCUCGUGGGUUGGCUAUGAAUGAUAUGUGCAAGAAUAUAUAAUUGUUCCAGACAUAAAUUAAAUAUUGCCUGUCUCUUGUACUCUUUAUAUAUACAUCUUUAUGCCAUCUUUAUUCCUUUUUUUUUCCUCUUGGUCUCAGGUGUAUUUCACUUACUCUUUUGGAUAGCAUGGCUUAUAUCGGAACUACCUCUAUGCUAACAUUGUCUAGGUCUCAUUAGCUAGAUUAACUUAACUGUUUUCACUUAGUGGUGUUAGUCUGUAAAGAAAAUGAAUACCCAGUCUUAGUUGAGUCUUUUGUAAAAAAAAAAAAUGGAACCAAAGAAUGCAAUUGCACUGGAUGAACAUGUGCUGGAUUCUACUAUCCGCAAGAGGAAGCGUGUGGGUGCUACUCAAUGUGCUGAGGCCAAUGACGCCCCCAACCUCUCUCAGAAUGGUCCAAAACAGAAUCUCGCUUUAUUUCCUGAUUCGACUGGACAUAAGAAGUCCAAGAUGAUGUGCUCUGCCGAUGACAUUCUGGAGAGGUACAAUAACUUCAAGAUAAGCGGGAUGCCUGUUCGUGUGAUGUCUCACCAACAUGGUGGAUGGAGAGACUUCCCAGAGGAUGUUGUCAAUUCGGUACAGCAGAGCUUCCAGUUGAAGAGGCCAAUUACUAGUGCAGUAUUCCAGAACAGGCACAUCCUGUUGGACUUCAUGCAGAUGGUUUGUUUAGAUUCUGUGAUGGCCAUAAGCAAGCCAAUUGCUUGGAUCGAUGAUCAUGGUAAAUGCUUCUCUCCGGAUUCAUGUGCUGGAGUAAUACCAUCUGAACCUCUGCAGCAUGGAAAAAAUGAGUUCUUGAAAAGUUUUCAUGAUCUAAGCAGUAGUUAUGAAGCUCAUGAACAUGAUGGGAUGUCUGCAGCUGAAAGCUCAAGUUCAGCGUCUUUUGAUGCAGUGCUUUCUGAUGUUCAGGAGGUCAAUAAUGUAGUGGAGGACAAACAGAAGGUACUCAAUGAAAGUGGUGAAGUUUCUGGGGAAAAUAAAAAGGGCCAUUUAAGCCAUAUGAAUGAAACUGCUGAUGGGGCCAUGCAAGCUCCUCGUAAUAAUCAAAGUGUCCAGCGUGCUGAUUCAGCUGUUCGGAAUUUGUUGUUUCAAGGAUCAGGCCAUCUAUUUACUGAAAAAGACAUCAUCGGUAUUUAUAGAACCCCAAUGCUAGAUCAACUUGGGAGGUCCCGUUAUAGUCUUUUCCAGAAGGAGGUACAAGUCACAAAAAAUCAACGGGGAAAUGCAAAUGAGCGUUAUGCAUGGCUUGCUUGCACUAAGGGUACUAUGGAGGAGAUGAUGAUGAAUGGUGCUUUGGAAAUAGCAAAACCUCUGCAGGGUCCAAUGUAUGGUGUUGGGGCUCAUCUUGCUCCAGCAAACUCCUCCAAUAUCUGUGUUGGUUUAUCUGAUAUUGACGAAAAUGGAAUCAUAAGGAUGAUGUUGUGCCGUGUUAUAAUGGGGAAUGUUGAGGUGGUUUUCCCUGGAUCAAAUCAAUGCCAGCCAACCAGUGAAAGUUUUGACAGUGGUGUGGAUGAUCUCCAAAGGCCAAAGCAUUACAUCAUAUGGGAUGCUAAUGUGCAUAAGCACAUUUAUGCUGAAUAUGCUGUUAUUAUCAAAGUACCUUACAUGAACAAUGGAGAUACUGCAUCCAAUAUCUCUGAGAUAAGAAAUUCUGGUGCACUAGACAAUCCAACCAAGGAUGACAGUCUACAGACCAUUGCGUCUUCAGGUGAUGAACAACAAGCAUGUAUGCUUGGGCGUGCUCCAAGUCCAAGGUCUCCUAGUUCACCUUGGAUGCCCUUUUCAAUGCUUUUUGCUGCUAUUUCCGCUAAAGUACCCCGUUCGGACAUGGAUCUGGUGCAUAAAUAUUAUGAAGAAUUCAAGAGGAGAAAGAUAAGCAGGCCUGACCUAGUGAAGCAGCUGAGACAGAUUGUUGGUGACAAGCUUUUGGUUUCUACAGUAGUGAGACUUCAGCAGAAGUUGCCACCCAUGGCAGCAACUGAACAAGCGCCAAGAGCACCUGGAAGGGGAGGAGGUGCUAGUCCGUAAUUAAAAAUGACAGUUUGCCGACAUAACAAGCUGUGGAGGAGUCGGGUUGAGCAAAGAGAGCUCAAGGAAAUGUGUGUAAAACGUUUGUGCCGUAAUGCACAGACUUUAGCUCUUGACAAACAAAACUAGUCUAAACUUCCUUGUUGACAACAUGUUGUUUGGUUGUAUAACCAUGCAUGGUAUUCUCGACUACCGGCUGUAGUGUUGUUCUUUUUCGCCGUCAAAUGUAGCUGCGGCUUGAAUUCAUCAAUAUCUCCUGUGGAUAUUUCGUUCCCGUUUCUUGCAGCUUGUGUA